AUGUUUGGAAGCUCUAUUAUUGACUUAGCAGCCCAACUCCAAAAUUUUGUCAUUGCUACCUUAAUCUAUGCAGCUAUCGUCGGUGAAUGGUCGCCAAAUGAAUUGCACACAAGGUCAACAUCAUGCGCGAACGGUUGCCUGGCUAUAAAUCUCACGAUGUUGCACAUGGCAGGUUCUAUGAGUGCCGCGAAGAAAAAGGCCGUUAUCAUCAGAGAGUACAUCGAGGAGCUCACAGCUUCCACGUUGCUGGUGGGAGAAUCACAGCUCGCUGAAUUUCUAGCAGCUCUAAGGUGUAUGAUUCGGACAUCGUGA